GUGUCAGUGGGUGUGAGGCAGAGAGCACGAUUUUACAAAGUCUCUUCCAUGGCGCAGGGACCGGUGGUGCAUAUAAAACGCUUUACAUAGUGCCGCUAGUGUCCUAUUCUGUAUUUGGCCAUCACUACAUAGGUACCGUCCCUUCUGAAUAAAAAAUUAAUUCACGUUGAUAACAUGACGACGAGUGUAACAAUAAUGUUAAUAUGCAUUCUUGGACCGACAUUAUUGUUGAUAAUGCCGGAUAACACCACAGCUUCAGAUAAAUUCUUUCAGACUGGUGGCCGCUUUGGUAAAAGACACGAUGAUCGUAUACCUGCAGAUUAUCGUUAUGCAGCCAUGAUAAAAACACGAUCAGUGGACAAUGUACCACCUAGGAUAGAAAGAGGUUUUUACAUAUCAAGGUAUGGUAAACGAAGUACUAACUCAAUUACAGAUCCGUACUAUUUUACACUUUGUUUGCCGUCCUAUGGUAUAUAUUGUGAUUUCACAGGAUUACCUAAUUUACUUCGUUGCAAAAGGAUCCACCCAACAGCAUGCUCGAAUCUAAAUUAUGUCAAUGAUAAAAUUCAGAUGAAGCCCGACAACGACAUAACCAUUUAAAUUGUUAGUCAUUUUUCUCAAUAGCCUAGAUUAAAAUAUAUACAUUUAAUAAUUGAUCUGAAUAUAAUUACGACUAGAAUUUUAAGCAACUAUAAUAAAAUUAUUUUGUGAAUUAAUAAUAUUUCAUUUUACUAGAAUAUUUCAUGUUGUAUUCAUUUUUUUAGCGAGCCUUAUUGGUCUUUUAAUUAAAAACAUCGUAAAUAUAUAAAUAAGGAUUAUAACUUAUAAAUAGUAAAUGGUAUUUCUUAUAAUUUUAUCAAAAAUAUUAAUUAUUAUCAAAUAUAUAUUAUAAUGUAUUCAAACAUUUAAUAGAUAUUAACGAUUUGAAAUAUAAUAUUAGGUACGUGGAGUACUGGAGUAGAUAAUUUAAAUUAUUUCUAACAACAUUAAUUUUCAAAAAAGUAAUUAUCAAAUUCAACAAUUACAACAUGGAUCAGAUGUGAUAUAAUUACACUUGGUUUACACUGUAGACAUUCAAAAUAGUAUUUUAUUGUGUAAAUAUCUUUCUAAAAAAUUUAAAUAUGCUAUUUUUAACUCAAUCUAAAUCAAUAACCUAACAUUGUCGUAGGAUCAGAAUAUAUAUCUUAAACAUAUA